AUGCUCGCUACGACCAACUUGAAGCGCGGCGACUCGUCAGACCUGCGGUACGCACAUACGAGACUUCACAAGCAACGCGCUUCGGUCCGCCGCAGGGUUCGGGCCGCCAACAAGCGAGCGCAGAGGGAUGGCGGCAACCGGCAAGGGUCGUAUGGGACCGUGAAUGCCAAGGGCAACGGCGGAAGCAACAGAUAUGGGAUGGCCGAACACGAUAAUAGCACCAACAGCAACGAGGAUGACGAUACCGCGGGCGAAACAGAUGCCCUGUCGAGAUCAUUUGACUCGAGCGCAUCGACACAAGCCGACGAGGCCGACGGCGACGAGGGGGAGGCCGUGAUGUCCAAGACGUCGACGACGUACCUCCAGUCACCUUACUGGUGGCUGGGUCAGGUGCUGAUCACGCUGGGAGAGAUGGGCAACUUCCUGGCCUACGGUUUCGCGCCGGCUUCCAUCGUGUCACCGCUGGGCGUCGUGGCCCUCGUGUCCAACUGUCUCAUCGCGCCCCUCAUGUUCCACGAGCGAUUUCGACACCGCGACUUCUGGGGCGUCGUCGUGGCUGUCGGCGGCGUCGUCACCGUCGUCCUGAGCGCAAACACGCAGGAGAACAAGCUGAAGCCAGGCGACAUCCGGGACGCCAUCACAUCUCUAGAGUUCGAGAUAUACCUCGGCGUCACCGUCUUCCUCAUCGCCGCCCUCGCAUGGGCAAGCCCGAGGUACGGCAAGAACAACAUCCUCAUCGACCUCGGGCUCGUCGGCCUCUUUGGCGGAUACACGGUGCUGGCCACCAAGGGUGUUUCCUCGAUGCUGUCGUCGACCCUGUGGAGGGCCUUUGCGACGCCCGUCACCUACGCCCUCCUCUUUAUCCUGCUGGCCACGGCCAUCAUGCAGAUCCGCUACGUCAACAAGGCUCUCCAGCACUUCGACUCGACCCAGGUCAUCCCGAUCCAGUUUGUCAUGUUCACUCUGUGUGUCAUCCUGGGCAGCGCCAUCCUGUACCGCGACUUUGAGCACACGACGGCCAAGCAGGCCGGCAAGUUCGUCGGCGGCUGUCUCCUCACCUUCUUUGGUGUUUUUCUCAUCACGAGUGGACGCGACCAUGGCCACGAUGACGAAGACGGAGAAGACGGCUUGUCGGAGACGGAUGACGUCGAGGAGACUAUCGGCCUCGCACGUCGGGACAGCGCACAGCAUACUACGAAUGGCGACCAGCGGAGCACACCCGGGUCUGCAGUCCAGUCCAGUCGCUCCUCCCGAGCUGCCGUCUCUAGGCCUCGGUCCCCCGAAUACGAGAGCGACGCCAUCUCGCCGUGGACAUCAGGUCCCGGCGACGGCGCGGCCACGUUCAGCCCCGAAGCAUCUGCACCUCUCCUAGGCAGCAACCCGUGGGGGCUUGGAGAGACGCAUCUAGGCAAUGGGGACAGGACACGCUCAGCCGAUACCUUGAUCCGCGGAGGGUCUAUCCCUCCCCUCCCUCCUACGGGGCACACGCCAGCCGCCGCUACCACCACGAGAGAGGGCCUCCUAGCCCCAUCUUCGGACCAGCAGCUUCUCGUACCCUCGACGCCGCCCUCGCGCCACCACAGCGUGAGCUCGGCAGCACACCGCCACUCGGGACCCUUCAUCUCGCCCUCGCCCCUCGCGUCGACGGUCACGACGGUCAUGAAGGACGCGUUCCUGAUGGAAAACAGGCCACAGCUGCCCGUCCGAUCGUCGAUGCGCAACAUCCGCUCCAGGAUCCGCGCGAGUCUCUUCUUCGACGAGGAUGAGGACGGCAACAUAUACGCGCCCCUUGCCUCUGAAGACAGCAACAACCUCGCCCACGACCAGCCGAGUGCGCUACCUCCGCCGCCGAUGUUCAACCCAAGCGACGCGGGUACGAGUCGCACCCGUCUCGGACCUGGUUUUCAAGAGGGCAAUGGUGGCAAUACCGGGCGCACAAGAUCUCGCAGUCUGAGCGAUGCCCUGAGCGAGUUCUUCCACCCCCGGAAAAAGCAUGGCAGGGACGGUGAAUACGAUCACGAAGAAUCUGGGGCAUAG